AUGUUCUACCACGCUCAGCGCAGUCACCUUCUCCAGUCCCUCGAUCGGCUCUCAUAUGUAUACAUUUCUUAUUCAUAUCUACUGGCACCAAGCCUGACGGCCUUGAUUGCCCGACUCGUUGCGCAGUACCGAAUUACCGUGCUAAGGGACGUACAACCGACCUAUCCUUUGCGCUUCCAUGUGAUAAUUCUACUGCUCAUUACGGCGGGACCCCUUCUCCGUCAUAUUUUUGGAGGGAUAGCCCAAGGUAGUGGUGUUCUGCUCGAUUUUGUUGGGCAAGGGGUCCCUACCCACUCUGCACACACGUUGGCCAUCGACCUACUACUGCUAUUAUUCCAGAUAGUACAGUUGACGAUCUCAUACGAAACUGCUCGGUGGAAACCCGAGGUACCUGAUCCUUUAUUUACGCCCCCACUCCCUGUUCCAUCUCUGCAAGCUACCACAACGCCAAAGCCACGAAGCAGACGUAGAUCGCGACAGUCACAACUCCGGACGACAAGAGCGGGUUAUCGAGAUGUUAUAGAAAAUCGAACUCGGCAUGUCCAUACAUCUACGGCGUCGUUCCCCCCAACUACCGCAGUUAUUGAUUUACCCUUACGCACCCUCGUAAGACUUCUCUUCCAAUCUGAGCCUUCCGACGAAGCAUCAGAGCUACCUGGACCCGUGACGGAUGGAAGACGUAGGAUAGGUCUUGCUGCACAACUCGUCGUUAUGCUUUUGAGAAUGAGGGCUGCAAGGCAGGGUGGAGGCGAGGGGCAAGGCCAACAACAGUCUUGA